ACAAUUUCAAGUUUCAAGGUUGUUGUACGUUGGUUGAUGGGACUGGGGUUUUCAAUUAUCUCAAUGUCUGUAAAUACCUCACUCCUUGAAGUCAUGUAGGACGAAAAUUACGUUGGUCCAUUGUUUGGAUAUUGAAUUUAGACUUGAUUCAAACUUAUGUUGCAUAGAAAAUCCGUGUAGUCACGAUUCUAAGUAUCAUAAUUCGCCAUGUCAAUAUGGACCAGGCGUUUGGGUUUGGUCUUGGAAUGGACGUGUCACGGGAUUCCAUGGAUAACGUGCGUUUUACUCUGGCUUGUAUUGUUGUUAUGCAGUAAUAUGCACGAAGCCAAUGUACAGUCAUUAUACGAUGUAGUAUGGAAUUGGAAGGACCGUCUUUCUUACCGAUCUGGUUUCGAAGUUAAUUCAAAUAUUUCAAAACUACUUUCUUUACUUAUUGCCUUAUUACUCGAUGUAGUUCUAGUAGGCCUAAUCAAGUUCAUAUUUCGACGUCAGAGACCUAAAGAAGAUAAUCAUUCAGAUAUGCGAUUAACUGUGGGAGUUGAUGCAUGGUCUUUCCCUUCAGGCCAUGCUAGCCGUUCAACAAUGUUAUUCUUUUUAAUCUCAUACCUAUGGCUUUCUUCAUCAAACAUACGGAUAAUGUGCCUAUUUUUAUUGUGGAAUAUUAUUGUAUGCUACUCACGUUAUGCAAUGCGUCGACAUCAUUUAACAGAUAUACUAGCUGGUUGUGUAUUAGGCUGUGCGGAGUAUUAUCUAAUAACACUAAUUAAUUGGUAAUCAUCAUCUGUCUACAUAUCGUUUUUACUGUUUUGGUAGAGAAAUAAACUGAAAGAAAAGAUAAGACAAGUGAUAUAUUUUUGUAGUGGGGAUAAAAAAGCCGAGAUGUAUUUUUUUAAACCAUCUUAUUUUAAUUUAACUUUUGAUUUGGUUGCAAUCUUAUUUUGUGCAAUCGUCUGCCAAAGAAGGAUAAGAGACUUGCUGUUGGAAAAUUAUCCAGUUAGAUCCUAGUUUCUUUUGGAUAGAUUUUUGGCAGUUUUAUCGUUAGCAAUCCUUUUUCAAAACAAAAUACGCAAUUUCUGUAAACUUUUUAUAAUUCACAACCCGUUUUCCUUGAUUGUGCAAUAGUUUCUUGACUUCUUGAUCAAUUUAUUCAAGAUAUUGCUUUAUUGAAACAUUGGACACUCAAAUUUCCUUUCGCUUGCACACGUUACUUUUUAGUUUCAACUAUUUUAGGGUAUGCUUUUUAUAUGUUGUAAUAGAGAACAUUUUUUAAAGAGUA